AAAAAAGCGUAUUUAAAAGUUUCACAAAGUUGUAAGUUAUUAUAUUUACUUGAACGCUAUAAAAGAUAUCCUUAUUGAGGUGAAUUAUCAUCAACCAUUUUCAGUUGUAAGUUAUCAUUCAAAUUCUAUAGCUAGAGCUUCUAAUGGCUUCAACAGAAGGGCUUCAAGCGUACGAAGAAGAGAAGCUACUUCUGCCCCUUCCCAAAGAGAAGGGUUGGGCAUCACGCCAUCUCUAUCUUUUUCAACACUUUUGGUGUCCAUCAACUCAUAUUGAAGGUGUAAACAAUUUUCAAAAGCACUUUCAGGCAAAAGACAGUGAUGCUAUUGUUGCUAGCUUUCCAAAAUCAGGCACUACUUGGUUGAAAGCUCUUACUUUUUCUAUUGUCAACAGAAAACGUUUCUCAUCUUUUGAUAAUCAUCCAUUACUCACUUCCAAUUCUCAUGAACUUGUUCCUUUCCUUGACUUCAUCUUUCAUGGUGAUAACAUCCAACACAAGCUUUCUUACCUCUGCAAUAUGACUGAACCAAGAGUUUUUGGUACUCACAUUCCAUUCCCUUCCCUUUCCAACUCAAUCAAAGAAUCCAACUGUAAGAUAGUUUAUAUCUGCAGAAAUCCAUUUGACACUUUUGUUUCAUCUUGGACCUUCUUCAAUAAAAUAAAGUCAGAUUCUUUGAGUGAAGUAACGAUAGAGGAAGCUUUAGAAAAGUACUGCAAGGGAAUCAUUGGGUUUGGUCCGACUUGGGAACAUAUGUUAGGUUACUGGAAAGAGAGCAUAGCAACACCGAACAAGGUGCUGUUCUUGAAGUAUGAAGAACUCAAAGAAGAUGUCAAUUUUUACGUGAAAAGAGUUGCAGAAUUCUUGGAUUGUCCUUUCACAGAAGGAGAAGAAAGUGACGGAGUGAUUGAAAACAUAAUAAAGUUAUGCAGUUUCGAGAAAAUGAAGAAUCUGGAAGUGAAUAAAUCUGGAACAGUUGGCAGGAACGUUGAGAAAAAGUACUUAUUUCGGAAGGGUGAAAUAGGAGAUUGGAUAAACUACUUUUCCCCAGCUAUGAUAGAAAAAUUAUCAAAAACAAUGGAAGAAAAAUUAAGUGGAUCUGGUCUUUCCUUUAAAACGUGUUUAUAAAUUUGGUAGCUAUCGUGUGGCACAUCAUGCAUCUCAUUCUCACUUAUCCUUUUGCUUUGUUAUUGCUUUUAUCAAAAUUCGAUUGGAUUGAGCAUGUUCUUUUGAAUAAAGUUUUUUUUCUUUUCUUUUGA